AUGGCUAACGCUGCUCUUCUCGCUUCGGCACUUAGUGUGGUGACAAACCAAACCAUUGUGCCUUAUGAUGAAUAUUUGAAAAAAAAAGAUAAUAUGUCUUUCUUAUUUCAAAUGUUGAAUUCAGAUGACCUUCAUCAAUCACAUUUAGUUGGUGGAAUUAUCUUUGUUAGAUCUUUAAGCGGCAAAGUCUUGACUAUUAAUUGUAAAUCUGGCACUACUAUCGGAAAAAUCAAGCACAAAAUUCAAGCUAAGGAAGGAAUUCCACUAGAUCAACAGCGACUUGUUUUUGCUGGCAAACAACUCGAUGAUGCCUAUAAACUUUGUGACUAUAACAUCUUCAAAGACUCUACACUUCAUCUUAUACUUCGUCUUCGUGGUGGCGGUGGUGCUUUAAAUUACUUUCUUCACCCUGACCACCUUGACCCUAUAUAUGAUUUCAAUUUCACUAAUGUCACAGAUACCGCCAGUUUCUUUAGAGGCCAAAUUCAGUAUAGACGUCCUCUAGGAUGGAAUCGAAUCGCUUUAAAGGUGAUCAAUAAGUAUGAAAAUAACACAUGGCUCGGUGGAGUAAGUCGACAAUUCCGCCGUCAUUCUGAACCAGAUGAAUGGCCUGUAUCCUAUCAUGGAACCGCAAAAUGUGGUGGUAGAUCGAUUGCCGAAGAUGGUUACAACUUGAGCAGUGGCAAACAAUUCCUUUACUCUCAAGGCAUCUAUACUACUCCAGAUGUCAAU